ACCGCCCAGCAGCUCUGCUCUCCACAUCACCGCUGAUUGUGAGUGAAUGAGCUGCAAGAGACGCUCAAAGUCCCGGCUUCUAACAGUCCCACAGGUGUCAUCCUUCCAAUCAGUGUCAUGAGCUCCCCGAAAAGCCCUGACGGUGCCGGGACAGAUGCUCCUUGCCAGCCCUCCUCCUCAGUUGAGAGCAGUGGGUACACGGACACGGAGCCUCGUCUCCUGGCUGGGACUCGGUCCUCCCUCCUGGCUCGACGUCUCAUGCGCUUACAGGCCUACAGUAGCCACUUCACCCCCGUUACGCGCCGGAAGAGGGAGAUGAUCCCAGACGAUAAGAAAGAUGCCAGCUACUGGGACAAGCGACGGAAGAACAACGAGGCGGCCAAGCGGUCCAGGGAGAAGAGGAGGCUGAAUGACCUGGUGAUAGAGGGCCAGUUACUGGCUCUGAGCGAGGAGAACGCCCAGCUGCGGGCUCAAGUCCUUAACCUGCAGUACAUCAGUACCCUGAGCAUAGAAAAAACCAAAGCACCCUCUCCCUCUGCGACAUCAACUGCGCCUGUCCUAGCGCCCACUCUGCCCUUGUCGCCCAUACCUCCCCACACCCCUUCUCUCUUCCAGGCAGGGAUCAGGGCUGUGCGACAACAGGAAACUGCACUGAACCAGUAUGAGUCCAAGCUCCCUUGUUUUGGCUCAACUAGAGGUCUUUUUAACCCACUAAGCCAUCGCAAUUGUGGGACACAGCCAGGCAUCCUUCCUCUCACCGGCUCCGGUGUCCUUUCGCUCCGAGAUAGUUUAGGGAGCGGAAGGUCAGGGGAGGUAGGAGUGGAUGUCCAGCGCCAGGUCUCCUCCGCCGAUGUAAUCCCCAUCUCCCCCAGUGUAUCUUCCCCACCCGUCUCUUCCUUCUCAGCAAUCAUGUCCUCACCUGACACUCUCCACCAUGCCUCUGCGCUCUCGUACCCACCCCAAAACUGGCUGGUGCCCCAGCUGAACCACUCGGCUGUGUGUAAUAAUCUUCUUCUGCCCUGGAGGUCCUCCUACCUGGCUCCGUCGGCCGUCUACUCCGGCCUUCCUCUCCACUUACAAGAAAGGCAAAGCCAGGGUGUCGGUGUGGAGGCGCACAUUCAGAGGGGGCUGAAGAGUCGGUUCAGCAGUGCAACGCCUGGUUUGUCUCAGCUCGGAAUGCAUCUCAGUUCUGGGGGACGCUGACUGGACAG